AUGGUUGCUGAGCUUGGACAGUAUGUUCAUGCAAUUGGGACGGAUUCCAACAAUUCGAUGGAACCGCGAAGUAUUGAAGCAAUCUACAUUGAACCUACGAAGGGACAACGUACAGGGCACCGAGUGCUCAACCUCAAUACUAAGAAGAUGAUUUCUCGACCCAAGGUUGUCGUACUACCCGUUACCGAUCAAGUAAUCCAGCGUGUUGAAGCUUGGGCUGCUGCCAAAGGUGUUACUUCCAUGAAGUUCUUUGAUAAGAAGAGAUUUGGACACAUUUCAAGAUGGCGAUCAAAUUGCAGGAGUGGAUGA